AUGUCACUCGCUGCCCAGGACGGUCUGCGGCACAGGCCUACAAAGGUGUCGGAGGCACCAUCUGUGGAGAGUGCUUUGUCCGGAGAUCACGAUAAAGGCAUCAAGGAGGAAGUCGUGUGGGGAAAGACCCCUAGCGGUGAAGUAUUCCGUGUACCGACCACGCACGACGUCGUGACCGCCUUAUUACACCCUGCGCACCCAAAGUCACAUCUCGACAUCCUCAACAUUGCCCUUUUGGCUCUCCAACUCGUUCUCUUCGCCACACUGCCACGUACUCCGAGAAAGAUUUUCUUCUUCUUUUACUUUGCCUUCUGGAGAUCGGCCUAUGACGCUGGCUUAGGCUACGUUCUGACGAAACAGAGCAAGAAGAAAUGGAUCGUCAGAGAAGUGCAAAGGCUGGGUUGGUUGGACGAGGAGCGCAGGCCCGAGGUCAGGAACUGGAUCAAGAAUCAGCUUGUGGGUAAGAUGGGCAAGGACUACUCCUUUGAUGAAUUGCCUCUGGAAUACAAUACCUGGCUGCUCUUCCGCCAGGCCGUAGAUGUCAUUUUGAUCAAGCACGUGCAGCUCUCUCCUCAAAUUGACUUUAUGUCUUAUUGCCUGUUCACUUUUGCUUGCUUCCGCGUUCCCGAAGGGCUUUCAAUAUUUGUACACGCUUUGAGGUGGAUCGGAGGCGUCGUUCUUAUUGGCUUCAACCUCUGGGUCAAAUCUGAAGCUCACCAUGUUGUCAAAGAUUACGGUUGGUACUGGGGCGACUGCUUCUUUCAGCGCGGGAAUCUUGUCUUCGAUGGUGUUUUCGAGUUAGCCCCUCAUCCGAUGUACUCUGUCGGUUACGCGUGGUUCUAUGGUUUGUCGAUGAUAGUGGGCAGUUACCCAGUUCUAUUUGUUAGCCUGGCAGCGCACGCAGCCCAAUUCGCCUUUUUAGUGAUGUUUGAGAAUCCUCACAUCGAGCGAAUGUACGGUCAGCGAAAGCCCCUUGCAGAGCGUGUCCCAUUACAGCGCAAGGAAUCGCCGUCGCAUGUGAACCUUGCUGAACACUCGAAUCGUGGGCGUUCAUUCUCUGAUCCGUCUGACAUACUCUCGACACCCUCUAUCACUGAUGGAGAGACGGCCACCGAAACUGAAACGGAGACCGAGUACGACGGCACCGUGAGGCGCCGAAGGACGGCUACGACGGCACAACCCGUCAUCACGAAACAGAGGAGCAGGUCUCCCAUAUCGCAUCACGAUCUUCUGAACAGAUACUUCAGAAAGGAUACCAUAUUCAUUCACAAUCUCGACGUUUUCAGGGCCUCUGACUUCAUGCUCCUCCUCGCAAUGUUCUACCCACUAGCGUCGAUAUUCAUUCCAUCUCUAUCCCACCGGGCAACGCUCGGUCUCCACUUCACGCAUGCGCUUUUCUGGUGUCUUUUCCAUUGUUUCGGUCUUGGACUUGUCCUACAGGGUCAAAGCGAAAAGAAGUCUCUUGUGAGGCACUUCAUGAAGCACUAUCAUUAUCCGCAGCGUGACGGUGGUAAGGGUGCAAUCCAAGAGGCUUUCACGAACUGGAAAGUGAUCUAUAAUUUGAGCAUGUGCAUGACAUACAUUUCGUUUUUUGGACUGGUUUGGAAGACAUAUUCAAUUCCAAACGACUGGACUGUGGGGAACGAACUUCUUCGCCAUACAAUGGGUGCUAUCCUCAUCGCCUUGCAUAUUUGGGCGUCGAAAGAGUCGUUUGAGGUUCUCGGUGUGUUCGGGUGGUUUUACGGAGAUUUCUUCAUGGAGGACUUCCCAUCCAACCUAGAUUACUCUGGCAUCUACCGCUACCUCAACAACCCGGAAAUAGUUUCUGGUGCCGCGUUCUUUGGCCUCGCUCUCAUCAGCGACAGCAAAUUGGUCUACGUGCUUGCCUUUGUACGGCACCUCUCGUAUUGGUGGUUCCUUCGCAAUGUCGAGAAUCCCCAUAUGCGCAAGUUGUACGGUGAUUCGCUCCGUCAGGAUGCUGGAUUUGUCAAGGUGUUCAAGAAGGUUGCACGUAAGAACGCGAGGCUCCUCGAAACGCGUGCCGGACGUCAUGGGCCAGAGAUUCGGCGCGUCGCAAGGGAAGUUAAGGGCACAUUCGACAAAGUGUACGAGGAGACCGCAGAAGUCGUAGAAGAGUUUUUGGCGAAAUCGCGCCCGAAGAUUUCGGAAGUCGUCCAGGACACGAAGUUCCUUCUUCAACAAUCCAGAGAGAAACUUGUGAUUACGCGCGUCGCCAAUGAUCUGUCCUCAUACGAGACGGACAAGUACAAAAUCUCUAUAGUUUCCAACCACGCGGGCGGUCGGUUACGCUUCCACCUGGGCCAGCAGAUCACAGCACAAUGGCAGGCUCCCGUCAAUCACUCUCGCCGCGAUUGGAUUGGAAUAUAUCGAGUUGGAGCCAAUCAGUCGAAACUCAUCACUAAGACAUCGUCGUUGGGGAUGUGGGUGCCUGUACACAAUGAGGAGUGGGAAGGAGACGUGCCCAUUGGCUCGGACAGCAGCAAAAAGGAAGGCAACGAACCUGAGAGCGGUAAAGUGGUGUUCCAGGGAGAUGCAUUACCAUGGCAGAUCGGAAAGUAUGAGGUUCGCUAUCACCAUGACGGCAAAUAUAACGUGCUUAGCCUUGAUGGCCCUCUCGAAAUUUACGUGAACAAACUCGAGACGCUAGACUUCAGCUCAGUUCGAUCGUCGCUGAUGAACAUCGUACCUCUUUGUCUUGAUUCCGACCCUUCACUCAUUCCUCUAUCUUGCCGAGCCGAUCUCAACACAGACGAGAAUUCAGAAGGCGAAGAAUAUGAGAACGGUCGCACCCGCGAUGAUUUCCGUUUUUGGUCCGAGCGUCAAGCAAAGAGAAUUGCACGCGCGAUCGAACAGGUGUUCGAGGUAGAGUAUACCCCUGAAGUAAUCAUGGCGGAUGCAAACUUGUCUGCACUCGCUCAUCGGAUUUUGGCAUCAAAAGAGAUAUUGGAGUCUUAACUUACUUGGUGGGCUAUACUCACGUUAUCAGAGACCCUUCAUUUUAGAUACGGUUCUGCAUAAGAAAGGAACUCAGAGGGCGCGGUGGAUAGUUUUUUGGCAUACUUAUAGGAGAGAUACCUAGAUUAGUUGGUCAUAUAUACCACAAACUUCUUUGUUCGGGCGCCUAGUGAGAACCUGCAUACUAACUU